AUGGUGGGGGAUAACGAGGGGAACUCGCCCUCACACGAGGAGGAGGACGACGAAGAUGAUCCAGUUAGCCUAGCUAGCAUUCUCCGGGAGCUCAAAGACUUUAGACACGAAAACAAGGAACAAUUUUCUGAAAUUCAAAGAAACCAACAACAGACGGACGUCAGAGUGACACAAGCCGAAGCACGAAUUGAUGAAGUGGAAACGGCGCUGGGAGCAACAUCGACGCUCAUAAAGCAACUGCUAGCGCAGCAAGACACCAUGGAGUCUAAGCUCACUGACCAGGAGGCCCGCGCACGGAGAGAUAACCUCCGCAUAUACGGCAUCCCAGAGGAAGCGGAGGGCACUAAUAUUUUUGUCUUUCUGGAAAAUAUGCUUCGUGAUUCUCUCGCUUUUCCGCCUGAAACUGAUUUAAAGAUAGAAAGGGCACAUCGAGCCCUGGCCCCGAAACCUGCUGGAGGACAGACACGGCCACGCUCAAUCAUAGCCAAGUUUUCCAGCUUCAGGGUCAAGGAAGAAGUUAUAAGGAUUGCCUGGCAGAAGAAACAAGUGAUGUACAAGGACACGCGAUUCUACGUUGACCAUGAUUACCCUCCGCUGAUUCUAAAGAAACGCACCGAAUACAACCAGGCCAAAAGAGUCCUCAAAGAGCACAAUAUAAAGGUCCAAACUCCCUAUCCCGCAAAAAUGAGAGUGUUUUAUAACGAGGAGACCCGCUUGUAUCAGAGCGCGGCGGAGGCGACAGUGGACAUGGCUGCAAGAGGACUCCCGGUGACCGUGAUCCCGUCUACCGUCGAUCCCUACCAGCGCGAGUUACAGCGGCUCUCAUCGUGGCAGGCGACCCCCGGAGACCGAACCAGCACACCCCCUCCUUCAGGUCAAAGAUAUCUGAUCACAUCCACUGGGGCCUUGUACAUCGUGGACGUCCUGCCUGAAGAUGGGUUGAACAACUACCGCUGCACCACGCGGCACCGCUACACCGGAGAGACGCGGCAAAGCAACAGUGCCCGCCUCAUCGUCUCAGACCCCACCAAUGCUGAGCCAAGCAUCCUGGAUGGCUUCGACCACAGGGAGGUGAUGAUAAAUCACAGAGUGGAGCUGCCCUGCAAGGCCUCGGGUUUCCCCACGCCCAAGUACCGCUGGCUCAAAGACAACAGCCCCCUGGAGCCCGACAUGCGCUUUCGACAGACCGUCUCUGGCCUCCUCAUCGAGAACACGCAGCCCAGCGACGCAGGGACCUACGUGUGCGAGGUGUGGAACAGCUACGGGAACGCCGAGGUGCUGGGCCGGCUCUACGUCAAACAGCCCCUGAAGGUGGUGGUGAGCCCCCGGAAGGUGAAGGGCAGCGUGGGGGGAAAGGUGUCUCUGUCGUGCAGCGUGAGUGGCUCAGACGAGUACGAACUGUCGUGGUACCGCAACGGAGAGAUCAUCUACCCCAGCAACAACGUGCGCUUCACCGGCCUCAACCGAGAGAACCUCAUCAUGGAGGGCAUGUCCAAGAGCGACGGAGGGGCCUACCAGUGCUUCGCCCGCAAGGCCAAGAUGUCGGCGCAGGACUUUGUGCAAGUCAUUUUGGAAGACGGGACCCCUAAGAUCCUGGCGUCCUUCAGUGAGAAGGUGGUGAACCCCAACGAGGCCGUGUUCCUCAUGUGUAAGGUGAAGGGCACGCCCCCGCCGCGCUGCAGCUGGAGCCUGGACGACGACCCGGUCAUCAAGGACAGCCACCACCACCUGGGCCACUACGAGACCCACGAGGGCCACGUGCUGAGCCAGCUCAACGUGUCCCACACCCAGGUGACGGACGGGGGCGUGUACCGCUGCACCUGCGCCAACUCUGCCGGGGCCGCCUUCCACCAGGCUCGAAUAAACGUAAGAGGCCGCGCAAGUAUCCGCCCAUUGAAAAACAUUACAGCCAUUGCAGGAAAAGACGCCUUCAUCCACUGCCGCGUGAUCGGGUAUCCGUACUACUCCAUCAAGUGGUACAAGAACUCAGCCCUGCUCCCGUUCAACCACCGGCAGAGGGCCUUCGAGAACAACGGCACACUCAAGCUGACCAACGUGCAGCAGGUGGACGCCGGAGAGUACAACUGCAAGGUCAUGGUGCAGCCCAACAAGAUGGACUCCCAGAGCGUGCACCUGAGGGUCAGAGUGCCGCCGUUCAUCCAGCCCUUCGAGUUCCAGCGGUUCACCAUCGGCCAGCGGGUCUUCAUCCCGUGCGUGGUCAUGUCCGGCGACCGGCCCCUGGACAUCACGUGGCAGAAGGACGGCCGGCCCAUCCCGCUCAGUCUGGACGUAACCGUGGACAACAUCGACUUCACCAGCUCCCUGCGCAUCAACAACCUGACCCCCGACCACAACGGCAACUACACCUGCAUCGCACGCAACGAGGCGGCGGUCGUGGAGCACCAGAGCCAGCUCAUCGUGAGAGUCCCUCCUCAGUUUGUGGUGCAGCCUGAAGAUCAAGACGGAAUCUACGGGAAAACGGUGACUCUCAACUGCUCCGCGGAAGGAUACCCCCCGCCCACCAUCGUCUGGGAGCAUUCUAAAGGUGCGGGGGUCCCUCAGUUCUUUCCCAUUCCCCUGAACUCUGGCUCCCGGAUCCAGCUGCUGAGUAACGGCUCCCUGCUGAUCAAACACGUGCUGGAGGACGACAGCGGCUUCUACCUGUGUAAGGUCAGCAACGACGUGGGAGCCGACGUCAGCAAGUCCAUGUACCUGACCGUCAAGAUCCCCGCCAUGAUCACCUCGUACCCCAACACCACUCUGGCCACUCAGGGCGAGGAGAAGAGGAUGAGCUGCAUCGCCCACGGGGAGAAGCCCAUCAUGGUGCGCUGGGAGAAGGAGGAGCGCAUCAUCAACCCCGAGACCAGCCGCUACGUGGUCACCGUCAAAGAGGUGGCCGACGAGGUCGUCUCUACUCUGGUGAUCAUGCCCACCGUGCGUGAGGACUCGGGAUUCUUCUCCUGUCAUGCCAUAAACUCCUUCGGUGAAGACAGAGGCAUCAUUCAGCUGACUGUGCAAGAGCCACCGGAUCCUCCCGAAGUGGAAAUCCGAGAGGUGAAAGACCGCACCAUCGCUCUGCGCUGGACCAUGGGCUUCGACGGCAACAGUCCCAUCACAGGAUACGACAUCGAGUGCAAAAACAAAUCAGCCUCGUGGCUGUCGGCCCAGGUCACCAAAGACGUGUCUCCGCAGCUGAACCAGGCCACCAUCAUCGACCUGCACCCCUCCUCCACCUACAACAUCCGCAUGGUCGCCAAGAACGUCAUCGGCAACAGCAACCCCAGCAACGAGCUGACCAUCACCACGGACGAGGCCGCGCCUGAUGGACCACCACAAGAUGUGACGCUGGAGUCCACCUCGCCCCAGACCAUCAAGGUUUCCUGGAAGCCCCCACACAAGCACCUGCAGAACGGGGUGAUCCGGGGGUACCAGGUGGGCUACAGGGAGUACAGUCCUGGAGGCAGUCACCAGUUCACCAUCCUGAGCGUGGACAGCACCGGAGACACCACCGAGAGCCUCCCCCUGGACAACCUCAAGAAGUUUACCCAGUACAGCGUGGUGGUGCAGGCCGCCAACCGAGCCGGGACCGGGCCCUCCUCCCAGCAGGUGGUCACCAAGACGCUGGAGGACGUCCCGUCGCGUCCCCCUGAGAACGUCCUGGCUGUGGCCAAGUCUCCGGAGGUCAUCUCUCUGUCCUGGAUGCCCCUGCCCCGGGAGGCUCUGAACGGGAACCUGCAGGGGUACAGGGUCAUCUACUGGGCCAACCUGCCGGACGGAGAAUUGGGAGAGAUCCGUAACGUGACCACCACCGUGCCGUCGCUGGAGCUGGACGGUCUGGAGAAGUACACCAACUACAGCAUCCAGGUGUUAGCCUUCACCAACGCGGGCGACGGCGUGCGCAGCGAGCAGAUCUACGUGCGCACCAAGGAGGACGUGCCCGGUCCUCCCGCGGGGGUGAAGGCCGCAGCCUCCAGCAGCUCUGUGGUCUUCGUGUCCUGGCUUCCUCCACUCAAACUCAACGGAAUCAUCCGGAAGUACAUCGUGUUCUGCUCCAACCUGCACCCCAUGGUGAUGAGUGAGUUUGAGGCCGCUCCAGAUGUCUUCUUCUACCGGAUCCCAAACCUCGCCCGCAACCGGCAGUACAACAUCUGGGUGGUGGCUGUGACCGCGGCGGGCCACGGCAACAACAGUGAGAAGAUCACCGUGGAGCCUCUGGCCAAAGCUCCUGCGAGGAUCCUCACCUUUAACGGGACGGUGACCACUCCCUGGAUGAAAGACAUCGUGCUGCCGUGCAAAGCCGUGGGCGACCCCCCUCCCACCGUCAAGUGGCUCAAGCUAAACACGAACGGGACCCCCACCCCUGUCCUGGUGGAUGGACGCCGCAGUGUCCACAGCAACGGCAGCUUCAUCAUCCGCACCGUGAAAGCCGAGGAUUCUGGGAACUACAGCUGUGUGGCCAGCAACAACUGGGGCUCUGACGAGAUCACGCUGAACCUGCAAGUUCAAGUCCCUCCUGACCAGCCACGCCUUACCGUUACCAAGACGACCACCACAUCCAUCACCCUGUCGUGGAUCCCGGGGGACAACGGAGGCAGCUCUAUUAGAGGUCAGCUUCCAAACCAAUGCAGUAUUUAUUAUGCAGAAGUCAUGGAUCUCAACAAUGAAACGCUCUGCCUAUACACAUACAUGUACAUGAACGCAACCCAGCCCGAGUCUCAGCCCGAGUCUCAGCCCGAGUCUCAGCCCGAGUCUCAGCCCGAGUCUCAGCCCGAGUCUCAGCCCGAGUCUCAGCCCGAGUCUCAGCCCGAGUCUCAGCCCGAGUCGCAGGCCGAGUCUCAGCCCGAGUCUCAGCCCGAGUCUCAGCCCGAGUCUCAGCCCGAGUCUCAGCCCGAGUCUCAGCCCGAGUCUCAGCCCGAGUCUCAGCCCGAGUCUCAGCCCGAGUCUCAGCCCGAGUCUCAGCCCGAGUCUCAGCCCGAGUCUCAGCCCGAGUCUCAGCCCGAGUCUCAGCCCGAGUCUCAGCCCGAGUCUCAGCCCGAGUCUCAGCCCGAGUCUCAGCCCGAGUCUCAGCCCGAGUCUCAGCCCGAGUCUCAGCCCGAGUCUCAGCCCGAGUCUCAGCCCGAGUCUCAGCCCGAGUCUCAGCCCGAGUCUCAGCCCGAGUCUCAGCCCGAGUCUCAGCCCGAGUCUCAGCCCGAGUCUCAGCCCGAGUCUCAGCCCGAGUCUAAGCCCGAGUCUCAGCCCGAGUCUCAGCCCGAGUCUCAGCCCGAGUCUCAGCCAGAGUCUAGGCCCCUGUGCGUCUGCUUACGUUACAUUCUGCAGUACUCUGAGGACAACAGUGAGCAGUGGGGCAGUUUUCCCAUCAGCCCCAGCGAGCGCUCCUACCGCCUGGAGAACCUCAAGUGCGGCACCUGGUACAAGUUCACCCUGACGGCUCAGAACGCCGUGGGACCAGGGCGCAUCAGCGAGAUCAUCGAAGCAAAGACUCAUGGGAAAGAACCCCAGUUUGCCAAAGAACACGAGCUCUUCACCAGCAUCAACGCGAGCCGGGCGCGUCUCAACCUGGCGGGCUGGAACAACGGCGGCUGCCCCAUCACCACCUUCAUCCUGGAGUACAGAGCCGUGGAAGCCAGCGCCUGGACCACGGCUCAGCGCACCUCCCUCACCAAGAGCUACGUCCUGUACGACCUGCAGGAGGCCACCUGGUACGAGCUGCAGAUGAAGGUCACCAACAGCGCCGGCUCCGCGGAGAAGAGAGUCACCUUCGCCACGCUCACCGGAGACGGGAGCACCAUCCCGCCGCUGCUGAAGACCGGAGACCCCAUCUCUGACAACAUGUCGGGCAGUGGGGGUCUGAAGAUGGUGGUGACCAUCACGUCCAUCCUGGUGGUGGCUGUGCUGGUCUUCAUCAUGCUCAUGGUGCUGAAGAGGAGGAGGAGGGAGCAGAGACUCAAGAGGCUCAGAGAUGCCAAGAGCCUGGCAGAAAUGCUGAUGAGCAAAAACACCAGGACGCCCGACACGGUGAACAAGCAGCCGCAGCCGCUCCGAAUGCACAUCGACAUCCCUCGGGCCCAGCUGCUCAUCGAGGAGCGGGACACCAUGGAGACCAUCGAUGACAGGUCGACGGUGCUGCUGACAGACAACGACUUUGGGGAAACCAACAAGCAGAAGUCGUCCACAGUGACCCACACGGUGCACUACCAGUCCCUGUCCCAGGCCACCGGGCCCCUGGUGGACGUGUCCGACGCCAGGCCUGGAACCAGUGAGUCCCUCCACCACCCCACUGCCAGACGCACUGCCAAAGCCGGUCCUGCCGCCGCCCGGAGCCGCUACGCCAGUCAGUGGACCCUGAACCGGCCCCAUCCCACCAGCUCCUCCCACACGCUGACCACGGACUGGAGACUGCCCACGCCCCGCGCCACGGGCUCCGUGGACAAGGAGAGUGACAGCUACAGCGUCAGCCCCUCCCAGGACACAGACCGUGCCCGCAGCAGCAUGGUGUCCACGGAGAGCGCCUCCUCCACGUACGAGGAGCUGGCGCGUGCCUACGAACACGCCAAGAUGGAGGAGCAGCUGCGGCACGCCAAGUUCACCAUCACCGAGUGCUUCAUCUCAGACACGUCGUCGGAGCAGAUGACGGCGGGGACCAACGAGUACACGGACAGCAUGACGUCCAGCACGCCAUCCGAGUCGGGCAUCUGCCGCUUCACCGCCUCGCCGCCCAAACCGCAGGACGUGAGCCGCGUCAUGAACAUGGCGGCGCCCAAAGCCCACCGGCCUGAUGACCUCUCCUGGGGGCCUCAGCUCUGUCAGUGGGUCCAGACCGUAGUCCAGACUUGUCUUACAUUUCUGGCCACAUUGUGCUCUGAGGAGAGCAAGAGGGCGGGUCCAGGCCCCCUCCUCUCUGCCUCCUCUCUGCCUCCUCUCUACCUCUCUCUGCCUCCUCUCUGCCUCCUCUCUACCUCUCUCUGCCUCCUCUCUGCCUCCUCUCUGCCUCCUCUCUGCCUCCUCUCUACCUCUCUCUGCCUCCUCUCUACCUCCUUUCUGCCUCCUCUCUCUACCUCCUCUCUGCCUCCUCUCUACCUCUCUCGGCCUCCUCUCUGCCUCCUCUCUACCUCCUCUCUGCCUCCUCUCUGCCUCCUCUCUGCCUCCUCUCUACCUCCUCUCUGCCUCCUCUCUGCCUCCUCUCUACCUCCUCUCUACCUCCUCUCUGCCUCCUCUCUGCCUCCUCUCUGCCUCCUCUCUGCCUCCUCUCUACCUCCUCUCUGCCUCCUCUCUGCCUCCUCUCUACCUCCUCUCUGCCUCCUCUCUACCUCUCUCUACCUCCUCUCUACCUCCUCUCUGCCUCCUCUCUGCCCCCUCUCUACCUCUCUCUGCCUCCUCUCUACCUCCUUACUGCCUCCUCUCGGCCUCCCCUCUACCUCCUCUCUGCCUCCUCUCUGCUUCCUCUCUGCCUCUUCUCUCCCUCCUCUCUGUCUUGUCUCUGCUGCUCUCUUCCUCCUCUCUUUCUCCUCUCUGCCUCUCUCUGCUGCUCUCUGCCUCCUCUCUGCCUCCUCUCUGCCUCCUCUCUCCCUCCCCUCUGCCUCCUCUCUUCCUCCUCUCUACCUCCUCUCUGCCUCCUCUCUGCCUCCUCUCUGCCUCCCCUCUGCCUCCUCUCUGCCUCUCUCUGCUGCUCUCUGCCUCCCCUCUGCCUCCUCUCUGCCUCCUCUCUCCCUCCCCUCUUCCUCCUCUCUGCCUCCUCUCUACCUCCUCUCUGCCUCCUCUCUGCCUCCCCUCUGCCUCCUCUCUGCCUCCUCUCUACCUCCUCUCUGCCUCCUCUCUACCUCUCUCUGCCUCCUCUCUGCCUCCUCUCUGCCUCCUCUCUACCUCCUCUCUGCCUCCUCUCUGCCUCCUCUCUACCUCUCUCUGCCUCCUCUCUACCUCCUCUCUGCCUCCUCUCUGCCUCCUCUCUACCUCCUCUCUGCCUCCUCUCUACCUCCUCUCUGCCUCCUCUCUACCUCCUCUCUGCCUCCUCUCUGCCUCCUCUCUACCUCUCUCUACCUCCUCUCUGCCUCCUCUCUACCUCCUCUCUGCCUCCUCUCUGCCUCCUCUCUACCUCCUCUCUGCCUCCUCUCUACCUCUCUCUACCUCCUCUCUACCUCCUCUCUGCCUCCUCUCUGCCUCCUCUCUACCUCCUUACUGCCUCCUCUCGGCCUCCCCUCUACCUCCUCUCUGCCUCCUCUCUGCUUCCUCUCUGCCUCUUCUCUCCCUCCUCUCUGUCUUGUCUCUGCUGCUCUCUUCCUCCUCUCUGCCUCCUCUCUGCCUCUCUCUGCUGCUCUCUGCCUCCUCUCUGCCUCCUCUCUGCCUCCUCUCUCCCUCCCCUCUGCCUCCUCUCUUCCUCCUCUCUACCUCCUCUCUGCCUCCUCUCUGCCUCCUCUCUGCCUCCCCUCUGCCUCCUCUCUGCCUCUCUCUGCUGCUCUCUGCCUCCCCUCUGCCUCCUCUCUGCCUCCUCUCUCCCUCCCCUCUGCCUCCUCUCUGCCUCCUCUCUACCUCCUCUCUGCCUCCUCUCUGCCUCCUCUCUCCCUCCCCUCUGCCUCCUCUCUGCCUCCUCUCUACCUCCUCUCUGCCUCCUCUCUACCUCUCUCUGCCUCCUCUCUGCCUCCUCUCUGCCUCCUCUCUACCUCCUCUCUGCCUCCUCUCUACCUCUCUCUGCCUCCUCUCUACCUCCUCUCUGCCUCCUCUCUGCCUCCUCUCUACCUCCUCUCUGCCUCCUCUCUGCCUCCUCUCUACCUCUCUCUGCCUCCUCUCUGCCUCCUCUCUACCUCCUCUCUGCCUCCUCUCUACCUCUCUCUGCCUCCUCUCUACCUCCUCUCUGCCUCCUCUCUACCUCUCUCUACCUCCUCUCUGCCUCCUCUCUACCUCCUCUCUACUCCUCUCUGCCUCCUCUCUACCUCUCUCUGCCUCCUCUCUGCCUCCUCUCUACCUCUCUCUGCCUCCUCUCUUCCUCCUCUCUGCCUCCUCUCUGCCUCCUCUCUACCUCCUCUCUGCCUCCUCUCUGCCUCCUCUCUGCCUCCUCUCUGCCUCCUCUCUACCUCUCUCUGCCUCCUCUCUACCUCCUCUCUGCCUCCUCUCUGCCUCCUCUCUACCUCUCUCUACCUCCUCUCUGCCUCCUCUCUACCUCCUCUCUACCUCCUCUCUGCCUCCUCUCUGCCUCCUCUCUACCUCUCUCUGCCUCCUCUCUGCCUCCUCUCUACCUCUCUCUGCCUCCUCUCUUCCUCCUCUCUGCCUCCUCUCUGCCUCCUCUCUACCUCCUCUCUGCCUCCUCUCUGCCUCCUCUCUGCCUCCUCUCUGCCUCCUCUCUGCCUCCUCUCUGCCUCCUCUCUACCUCUCUCUGCCUCCUCUCUACCUCCUCUCUGCCUCCUCUCUACCUCCUCUCUGCCUCCUCUCUACCUCCUCUCUGCCUCCUUUCUACCUCUCUCUGCCUCCUCUCUGCCUCCUCUCUACCUCUCUCUGCCUCCUCUCUACCUCCUCUCUGCCUCCUCUCUGCCUCCUCUCUACCUCUCUCUGCCUCCUCUCUACCUCUCUCUGCCUCCUCUCUGCCUCCUCUCUGCCUCCUCUCUGCCUCCUUUCUGCCUCCUCUCUGCCUCCUCUCUGCCUCCUCUCUACCUCUCUCUGUCUCCUCUCUACCUCCUCUCUGCCUCCUCUCUGCCUCCUCUCUACCUCCUCUCUGCCUCCUCUCUGCCUCCUCUCUACCUCCUCUCUGCCUCCUCUCUCCCUCCCCUCUGCCUCCUCUCUACCUCCUCUCUGCCUCCUUUCUGCCUCCUCUCUGCCUCCUCUCUGCCUCCUCUGUUGCUCUGUCGGGGUCUGCAGCUGACGGUGAAUGGGAGCUGCACUGGAGAGGAAGAGGCACUGGGCUGGAGUCGAGAGAUGGAGACACUGAUGAGGGAUCCCGGGGAGCUGGUGCACCUGCCUCCGUACCUCCGCAUGGACUUCCUGUUGAACCGUGGCGUGCCGCUGGCUGCUCGAGGGGCGCUCAGCAGCAGCAGUGGGAGCAGCAUUGGAGCAGGAGGCGCAGGAGGAGGAGGAGGUGCUGGUGCUACAGGGGAGAGCAGAGCCUUGGUGCCAGCAGGGGCAGGGGCCAUGGGCCAGGCCUGUCUGGAGCCUCAGAGGAGCCGCACACUGAAGAGACCCCCUCCCAUGGAGCCCACCAUGGAGGUGCCCUCGGCCCGAGAGCUGCAGCAGUGGCAGCCUGGAAGUGCCUCCACACUGCCCCACCGGGUGGAGCGAGGGGAGGCCCGAGGGGAGGUCCGGCCCGAGUCCGGAGACCUGGCCCAUGCACAGGCUGCCAAACUCAGCACCUCCCAGGAGUCACUGCUGGACUCCAGAGGACACCUGAAACAGAGCAACAACCCCUACGCCAAGUCCUACACCCUGGUAUAA